AUGGCAGUGACCAAAACACGCAUUGAAUUCGGUAAAGGAACUGCUGGUGGAUCAACUUACACCCGAUGGGGAAGAACGACGUGUUCCGCAACCGGGACACUAACCGUAUAUUCGGGUUACUCGGCAGGAAGUCAUUACACGCACCAAGGAGCUGCCGUGAACUACCUGUGUCUCACCAAAGAGCCGCUGUGGAGCAGAUUUGACGCCAGCCUACAGCACGGAGCGCCGGUUUACGGGGCCGAGUAUGAGUUUGAUGGGCGGAACAGGGUCACUUUCUUCGAUAGGGAAAUAACCGAUCACGAUGCUCCAUGCGCCGUGUGUGAGUCUCCUCGUUCGCAAGUGCUGAUGAUUCCGGGUCGCAACAAAUGCCUGGCCGGAUGGACCUUGGAGUACCAAGGAUAUCUCGUGGCAGGCGAUAUUGAUCAUGUGGCCGCUUCAGAGUUCAUAUGCCUGGACGCCAAUCCCGAGUCACUGCCAAAUGACUCGGGAAAUACUGACGGGAAGGUGUUCUACUUUGCAGAAGCGAGAUGUGGAGGGUCCCUGAAAUGUCCGCCGUACGUCAAUGGGCGAGAACUGACGUGCGUUGUUUGCACGAAAUAA